GUCCCACCGCAAGCGAGAGGGCAAAGGAGUCAGACAGGGAGGAGGCGUCGCCAACAAUUCGAACCUCUUCCGUCCUGUCAGCGCGACAUCAUCUAAAGUAAAAUAAGUGGCGGCUCCUGCGUGUGUGCGGCAAAAGGAGGGGCGCGCAGCUCGCAAACGAAGUGUGAAAAGAAAAGAAGGCAGCCAUUAUACAAUACAAUGCUUUUUUUUUCUAAAUACCUGCUGGCAGAGUCUUUAUUGGGAUUAGGCGAGUGCAACUUGGAAAGCUCCACGUGAUUGUAUACGAGUGAAGGGCACAGGUGCACACAUGAAGGUAGAUUUGGUGAUGUGGUGUUUCUCUGCAAGGUACAUACACGAUAAUAAUAUUGCUGACGCGUCUUUUCUCUUUUCGCUUUCUUUCUUUCCUGUAGUACAAGAGGCGGAAGAAUAGAAAGCCUUUCUCUCUGCUUCAGUAGUGCUUGGGCUGCUUUCAUGAGCCUUGUGAACGACUUCGUGUCCGGCUCCGUCAGCGGCGUGGCUGGCAUGCUAAUCGAAUACCCCUUCGACACCGUCAAGGUGCUCUUGCAGACGUACGGGGGCACCCUCUACAGCGGCUACGUGGACUGCAUCACAAAGCUGUUCCGCCAAGACGGCGUCUCAGGCUUCUAUCGAGGGGUGAGCGCGCGUUUGAUCGCCUCGGGCUUCGAGCACGCCUGCGUGUUCGUCUCGUACCGCUGGACCCUCCGCGCGAUCGGCGCGGGCGAGCGGCCGACGAUUCCGCAAAUCUGCGUCGGCGGCUGCGGCGCGGGUGUGGCCUCGAUGCUGUCUCUCACCCCAUUUGAAUUGGUGAAGUGCAAGAUGCAGGCGGACAACAAGAAGGGCCGGCGGCUCUACCGCAGCUCGCUGGACUGUGCACGGAAGAUCGUGCGGGCGGAUGGGCUCUGUGGGCUCUACAAGGGCGGGGUGGCGACGCUCUACCGCGAGGUGCCUGGAACUGCGGCGUGGUGCGGCACGUACGACACGUUGAAGAGCUGGAUGACGCCGGAAGGGGCCUCGACGCAGACCCUCUCGAUUUGGCAGCGCAUGUUUGCUGGUGGCUGCAGUGGCGUGGCAUUCUGGACCGCGUUUUAUCCUUCGGAUGUGGUGAAGACCCGCAUUCAAGUGGACCCCGCCUACAGUAAUCUGGGCGUGUGGCGGGCGAUGGCGCGGCUGUAUCGAGAGGGCGGUGUAGGAAUCCUGUACCGCGGCUGGACCAUGACGGCGGCGCGUUCCUUUCCCUCAAAUGCCGUCAUUUUUGCCGUCUUCGAUGGGUGCAAUCACCUCUUGAGCGGUCCAAGUCCUGUGCAGAAGGACCCGCUGCAUCUCGUAUAG